AUGCCUAAGCGCGGUAAUCUUCGCAAGAAGACGGAUGAAGAUGAGGGCGAGGACGCCGGCGCGGGAGCCGAGGAAGCACCCACGAUCGUCAUCCCGACCGAGAAAACCAAAUCCAAAAAAAAGGGAAAGGGCAAGGCCGACGGCGGGAUGGCCGCGUCGCUGCUGAGCUUCGACGACGAGGAGGCCGGCGCCGACACUUUCCAAGUAACAAAGAAGCCGCCGGCCGGAGACGGCGCGCACCGCGUCAAGAAGAAGUCGAUGCGCGCGCCCGACGCCUUGAAGCCCGACGCCGAGGAGAAAAAGGGCGGCGGGGAGUACUCGAUCGAGCGGCUGCGCGAGCUCGCCAGCGCGCAAAAGACACUCACCGCGAGACCCGCGGAACACAUGGAUCACAACGCGCCGGCGAACGGGCGGAGCGGCGCGGGCACGCGCGAACCGAUCGCGUUCAUGCCCCCGCCACCGCGCCCUGGCCGCGACGACGAUUUCGGCAUCCCCGACGCGGCAGCCAUCAAGGCUGCAAAGGCCAAGCGCGAAGCGGCCCGCGCCGCGCUCACGUCCGCGGCUGAUUACAUCCCCGUCCCGGGUGCCGAGGUCGACGUUGACAUGGAUGCGGGCGAGGACACCGCGUGGGAGGACGAGCAGCUUCGCAAGGCGAUGAGCGCCGGAGCCGGCGCCGGAGCGCCGAGAGCAGUCGUCAAGAAGCAACCCUCCGUUGACGUGCUCGCGGGUGGCCGCGCCGCGUUGGAGUCGCUUCGAAACGGCGUGGCGAGGCUGGAGGUGUCGAGACAGAACGCCAAGAACGAGGUGACGCGCGCGGAUGCGGCGCUCGCGUCGUCGGAAGCGACGCUGAAGAACCACGAGGAGCGAUUGACCGCGGCGGGCGAGAGGUACAAGUACAUGCAGGAGAUGCGGGAUUACUUUCGCGACCUGUGCGAGUGCCUGCGGGAGAAGGGACCGAUCAUCGACGAGCUCGAAGAGCACGCGCAACGGCUCCACGAGCACCGGGGGCUGGCGUCCAAGCGUGAAUCCGAGGGCAACCUGCGCGAUGAGGCGACGGAGGCGGAGGCUGGGAUGGAAGCUGCGCAGGCGGCGCUCAUGCGCGGCGCCUCUCAGGCUGAAGCGAUCGCGGCAGCUACGGCGGCGGCCGAGGGGGCGAUCGCCGCGAGGUUCGACUCGCUCCGGCCAAAUCUCGACGAGUUCGGCCGCGACCUCAACCUGGCCGAGAGGCAGGCUGCGGAGAAGCGCGCCGCCGUCCGCCGAAGCCGCCGCGAGGAGGAGCUGCGCAUGAAAAAUCUUGGAGAAGAGGACGACGCGGAGGAUGCCGUCGAGGUUGAAUUGUUUUACAAGGGCCUGGAAGACGCGACCGAGGCUGCGUCGCAAGUGAUGCGUGACGCGGGCGCGGACUUUUCCUCCAUCCCGCCCAUCAAGGCCAGAUCCGAGGAGUGGAAACGAAGGUUCCCGAGGGCGUACAAGGAUGCGUACAUGCCCGAGUCGGUCCCCCAGCUCUUCGCGCCGUUUGCCCGGCUCGAGCUUCUUUCCUGGUCGCCCCUCUACGCGGAGACCCGGACCUCGCCGGGGUCCGCGGCGGCACCCGCGAUCGAUACCAUGCGAUGGUACUCGGAUCUGUUCGACUACGGGAUGGUGGAGGGCGAUGACGCGGCUGCGGAUGACAGCGACGGGAACCUCGUGCCGACGCUGAUUGAGAAGCUCGUCGCACCGGUGGUUGAGCACGCGGUGAACGAAUGCUGGAACCCUCUGUCGCUGGCCCAGUCCACGCGACUCGCGGGGGUCGUCAAGGAGAUGACGGUGUACCUCGAGCCGACCGAGUGCGAGGCCAUGCGACGCAUUCUGUCGUCGGUGAGGGCCAGGCUGAGCGAGAUGGUUGACCGCGGUUGCGACAUUCCCGCGUGGGCGCCGGUUAUCACGGCGGCUGCGCCCAUGGCCGAGAGCUACGCCCGCCGGCGGUUCGGCGUCGCGGUGAGGUGCCUGCGGGUGAUCAUGGCGUGGGACGGAGUGUUGCCGCAAUCCGAGCUGAGGACUUUGGCGUGCGAUCGAGUCGUGGCUGGAUGCGCCGCCCCGCGGCUCCGGUUGCUCCUCGCGCGGCCCGGCGAGUGUCUGGCCGCUAUCGAGCGCCUGGUUGCCGUGCUGCCGCCCGAUUGGCUCACGGGAAGCGCGAGGGUCGUUCGAGACGUGGCCUCUCGGUGA